GACAGUUUUACCUUGUGAUGUUGACAGUGACAAAACAACGCACACACAACUGUUCGUUUUUGCCCAGAAGCUUCGAACUAAACAAGUAUUUACAUCGGCAGCAGAUUUUAUGAUAAAAGGUCAUCAACGUGAUGUAGUCAAUGAAAUGGAGUACGAUGAGAGACUUGCACUUUUCCGCCAAACACGCCUCAAUCCAUUUGAUCGUGGAGAGGAAGAAGAUGGUCCUCAAGAGGGAAAGACCCCCCCACGGCAGGAAGCUAGACCGGAGCUGUUCUCUGGGAUCAGAACCCAUAGCUCAGACCGGACUAUGGACCUCGGUUUAGCUGAAGAUCACUUCUCAAGGCCUAUGGGUUCGUUUGUGGCAUCUGACAUUGAACAGCUGAAAUUGGCUAUAGAGGAAUGCAAGAAGCUGAUCUUGGAGCUGCCUGAACACUCAGAAAGACAGAAGGACACAGUGGUUAAACUUAUUCACCUUCGCCUCAAACUGCAGGAGCUUAAGGAUCCUGAGGAGGAUGAGCCUAAUCUAAGGAUUCUGCUGGAGCACCGCUUUUCAAAAGAAAAGAGCAAAAGUGUGAAACAGACAUGUGACAAGUGUAGCACUAUCAUCUGGGGCCUCAUUCAGACUUGGUAUACCUGCACAGGUUGCUAUUAUCGUUGCCACAGCAAGUGCAUGAACCUGAUCACCAAGCCCUGUGUGAGGUCGAAGGUCAGCCACCAGUCAGAGUAUGAGCUCAGCAUCUGCCCUGAAAUUGGACUUGACCGACAAGACUACCGUUGUGCAGAGUGUCGCACUCCAAUUUCCCUUAGAGGAGUGCCCAGUGAAGCCAGGCAGUGUGACUACACAGGCCAGUAUUACUGCAGCACAUGCCACUGGAAUGACACAGCCAUCAUCCCAGCUCGUGUCAUUCACAACUGGGAGUUUGAGCCACGGAAGGUUUGUCGCUCGUCAUUACGAUACCUGGCUCUAAUGAUGUCACGACCAGUGCUGAAGUUGAAAGAAAUCAACCCAUUGCUAUUCAACUUUGUGGAGGAACUAGUGGAGAUCAGGAAACUCCGUCAGGAUAUUCUGCUGAUGAAACCCUAUUUUAUUACCUGUAAGGAGGCAAUGGAAGCUCGUUUACUACUACAGCUUCAAGAUCGCCAGCACUUUGUGGAGAAUGAUGAUAUGUACUCACUACAAGAUUUGAUCGACAUCUCCAGUGGCCGACUCAGCUGCUCCCUUACAGAGAUCCACACCACAUUUGCUAAGCACAUCAAAUUAGACUGCGAGCGAUGCCAGGCCAAAGGAUUUGUGUGUGAGCUGUGUAAAGAGGGAGACAUCCUGUUCCCUUUUGACAGUCACACCUCAGUUUGCCAUGACUGCUCUGCCGUCUUCCACAGAGAUUGUUACUAUGACAACUCCACAACUUGUCCACGAUGUACCCGAAUGACUGAACGCAAGCAGGAUGAGCCAUCAGAUGUGAAAAACGCAUAACGGGAGAAGAUUACAUGAUGUAACAGGAUGUUGCACUUUGCCUACUUGAUCAAAUGAGUCCAUUCAAGUAUGGAGACAAACUUUUUGUCUUUAAUUUGUUUCAUGCGUACAUUUAUUUUGUAGUGUCUUUACAUUUUUGUGCACUACAUUAUCAGGCAGGGUACAGGGUACCAAUCUGGAAAAUCUAAUCUAUUUUUAAUCCAGCAUUUUCCGUUAUACUGAAAUAGGAUUAACUAAGCACUGUGUACGUGUUUGUGUGUCUGCUUGUAUAAAUGUACAAAAUAAAUCUUCUAUAUGGAGAGUGGGUAGGUGACUUUGCAUGUAGAAGUUGAAUGAUAUAAACCAUUACAUGCCUCAAAUACUUUAACCUAUACUGCCAACUUUGCUCAAACUCGAUUUUUAUGUUGCCACAAAAAAACUUUUAACCGUCAUAGACAUGUUGACAAAACUACUUUUUAACUAAAUAAGCAUAAACAUAUACAAAUCCUAGUUUAUUAUGUUGUAUCAGGUGGCAGAAAGUGUAGCUCAACAAUGCAUGGAGUUCAUUAUUUUAUAAGUGGAUAGAAUAUAUUUGACUAAAUGUGGUCAUAGUGCAUCUAGUUUUCUUGUUUGUGUUUCUGACUCUUCUCCCACUAAUUUUUGGCUCACCGGCAGUCAACUUGCAUUUAACUUCUCAUGGUAGCUUUCAGCUUAACUUAUUGAUGUUUCCAAUAUUUCUUUAGUCCCGGCCAUUUAAUCCUUUGCCUUACAGCAAUAUUUAUUUUGAGCAUUCCAUUUGCACUGUAACGUACAGUAUAGGCUGCCAUGAGUUACUUAAAGGAGAAACAGUUGACAAAAUCUCACUAUAUGACAUUAUAUUACACAGGUGGUGUAAAUAUGUUAAUAAAGUUAUAAUUUAGUACAUUAUACUUGUAUUGCCACCUAAUAUGUUAUCAAAAUAUUUUCAUGUUAGAAGGAAAAUUUAACUGAAUGGAAGGUGAAGUUAAAUGUGUUUUUCUUUCAUCUAAAACUGUGAACUUAUUUCAGAGAACUUGAUCUGUGUUUUAAUCCGGCUCACUUUAGUGCAGUGUGUAGCAAAUAGAUGUGUAUACUCAUGAACAUUGCGUGCCUAAAAUUAUCAGGUUACAUUCAGCUGUUGUCCAAACUUGUUUGUACACUAACAAUCAUGGUUUCAGUCUUAAAGUACCAGAAGUGACAAAGCUGAACUCAAGUAUUUGUUUUAAAAUAACCAGUUUUGGCUGUAUUGUUGUUAAGCAUAUGAUGUACUGUAUUUUUUAUUUUACAAAGUAAUGGACAAACAUGGUAAAUCAUGUGAAGUAGUGCAUGAAUAAAGUCAUUAAGAAUAA